AUGGAACUCAUACUCUAUAAUAAUAAUAAUAAUAAUAAAAAUAAAAAAAAGAAUUAUAAUGACAAAUUAUUUUUUAAAAUUUGGAAAAAUAAAAUUAUAAGGAAUGAAAUAAUUCAUCAUUUAAAAAUUUAUAAUAUCCAUUCAAUUAAAUUAAAUCCUUUUAAUGGUAAAAAAGAAUUUGAAGAAUAUAAAUAUAACAGUUAUCUUUUGUAUUUAGAUUUAAUAGUAUUUGAAAAUGAAAAUUUAGAAAUUGGAACGAUACCAAAGGAUUCAUGUAUUAAAGAAUUAACAAUUAGACAAUUUUUUAAUUGUAAAAAUGAAUUAAUAAUAAAAGAGAAUAGUUUACCCAAGUCGAUAAAAUCACUUGAUAUUAGUCGUUGUAAUUUUAAUCAAAACAAUUUAAAUAAUAAAAUAUUUGGUCAAUCAAUAACUCAUCUUUAUUUGGGUACUGGAUUUAAUAAAAGUCUUGGUGGCAAUUGGUUACCUAGUAAUUUACAACAUUUAGAAAUUCAUAGCAUGAUGUUUAAUCAAGAUAUUAAAAUUGGACAAUUACCAGAGUCACUUACAAUUUUAAGGUUAAAUCAUUAUUAUGAUGGUUUGAUUGAAACUGGUUCAAUUCCUCCCAAAGUUAUAAAUCUUCAUUAUAAAUUUGAUUCAAAUUAUAAUAAGAGUUCAUUUGAUCAACAUUGUUUUAUUCCAAAGUAUAUGACAUCAUUAGAAUUUGAUUAUGAAUUUAAUCAACCAAUCAUUGUUGGUACCAUUCCAAAGAAUAUAACAUCAAUUAAAUUUGGUAAUCAAUUUAAUAGUGAAAUUAAAGAGAAUUCAUUACCAAAAUUAGUUUCUUCAAUUACAUUUGGUCAUGGGUAUAGUCAACCAAUUAAUAAUAUAAAUAUUUUACCACCAAACCUAACAAAAUUAGAAUUUGGAUAUCAUUUUGAUCAACCAAUUGAUUCAAAUAAUUUUCCCUCCUCUAUUACCUCUUUAAAAUUUGGUGAAAAUUUCAAUAGAGAUCUAAAUGAAUCAUUUUUUAAAAAACUUUAUCAUUUAAAGGUUUUAGAGGUUGGUUUGUAUUUUAAAAAAAUAAUAUCACCAAAUUCAUUACCUAAUUCAUUAAAACAAUUAAGUUUGGGUGAUAGAUAUAAUCAUAAAUUAACAAUUAAUACCCUACCAUCAUCUUUAGAAAUAUUAAAAUUGGGUAGAUAUUAUAAUCAUUCUAUUGAAGCUGGUGUACUACCUCCAAAUUUAAAAUCAUUAUAUCUUGAUGGUAAUAGUCAUAUUUUAGAUCUAACUCCAUCUGGUUGUUUACCAAAUAAUCUACAAUAUAUUUAUUUUAAACAUUCACCUCCAAUUCUAUGUCCAACUACAACUCCAUCAUCUUUAAAAUCAAUUAUAUUAACUUCAACUUUAGAAUUAAAUAAAUUUAAAGAAUUUAUUGAUAAUCCCUUCUUUUUUAAAUAUUUAAAAUAA